UAAAUUAGAAAAUGACUAAUUUGUCUUCUAGCAAAAUAGAAUGACUGGUCUAGAAUAUGAUUUUUACACUAUUUCACUACGUUUGUGUUAGCAUUUAAACAAUCGUUUUCAAUUCUAUCUUUAGCACAAAGUGUAUGUGUGAUUAUAUAAUGUUCAUCCACUUUAUUGGGAUGUGGGUUUUUUUAAAAAAAGUGGCAUACUAGUGCAUUUCAUUAAAUAUUUCCUAUACUUUUUAUUGAUGCUUUACAUAAAUAGAAAGGAUGAACUCAAGUGCAUAUAUAUUGAAAUCUUGCCUUUUUUCUUGCUUUCAGGCAGUCCAUCUUCCUUCUUUAGUAGUCUUAUGAGCUAUGAUGUUUGUUUAUUUUUAAUCUACAGUAGGUAAAUUUAAGAUUCUUAAAUUUAAGAUACAUUAUGGGAAGCGGUUUCUACAUACAUGUUGGCUAGAUAUUCUAGCAAAUCCAGCCUUCUGUUAAUGUCAGCCAUGGACAUCUGUGUUUUUUCUUUUUUCCUAUGUUGCUAUUGUUUUCAUUGACAAAGUAAUUUAAAAGAUUGAUAAUAUUUGAUAUCAGUUAUGAUCUGAUGGUGUGUUGGAUCUGAUGGCAGUCCUGCUUAAUUGUAUUCCUGCACAGCCCACAGCAAUUGACUUGCCCCUAUGCCUUCCACAGUUGUCGUAAUAUAAAUUCGUGUGCUUAGGCUGUGAAUCAGAUAUGGGAACUGGCCUAGCAUUUAAAAAUCUUUGAUUUCUCAGGUUUAAAGAUUGUGAACUGCUGUGUUGAAGUCAUCAGUGGGGCUGAGUGGAAAGAAAAGGGAGAAUACAGAAAAUUGUUCCUGCUCUAAAGGCAGCAUGUCAUGACACCUCAAUUCUGCAGCUGUCUGCUGAAGUUUUUUGGCUGGUUGCUGCCAGCCAUUCUUUAUUGGCAUUAAAAGUUACCUAGAAAGAAACAUUUGCUAAGUGUCUUAGACUGUAAAUGAUUUUUCCUGAAAAACAUAGAGGAAUUCUUGAUGAAGCUUGGUUUGGCUUCCAGCCCUUCACGCAGAUACAAUUAGGUUAGUGCUUGUUACGCUAAUGUUGUGUGUCUCAGAGAAGACUUCAGGAAAAGCUUCUUUCCUUAUUUCUGUUCAGUGUUUGUCUGCUCAUGUUCUGUUCAAAUCUUCAUCUUUGCACAUACAACUCCUGCUGUGCCUCCCAGCACCUUGUCCUGCUCCAGUCCAUAAUUAAUAUGUCUGCAAAAGCAAUGUCUCAUACAUAACCUUCACUCUUGCAAUCCUAACCCAUUCUGGGGGACCUUUCUCUUGCCUUGAAGGUUUUCAGGAUAGGUUUGAAAACUCCUCGUGGACACAAGAACUGCAAGCUCAUGCAAGAGACAAUGCUCCCUUUCCCCACACUGUAGUGUUCCCAGCACUGGGCUAGCUUUCAGCCCUAACUCUCUAGGACCAGGCCAAAGGAGAAUGGUUUGAAACUGAGAAAGAUUUAGAUUAGAUGCCAGGGGGACGUUUUUCAGUGAAAGGAUGAGGCGUUGGCACAGGCUCCCCAGAGAAGCUGUGGGUGCCCCAUCCCUGGAGGUGCUCAGGGCCAGGUUGGGUGGGGCAGGUGGGGGGCAGGCUCGCCUUUGAGGUUCCUUCCAACCCAAACCAUCCAGUGAUUCUAUUACUGCUCCCAUCCUGCCACAGGAGACAGAGCUGAGGCUGUGGCAGCGAGGGCAAAGCCAACCGUCCGCAGCCCGCAAGGCAACUGUGGGCUUGUGGACCACGACAAGAGGGGUCUUCAACUGCCCUUCCUAUGCACACAGUGGGAUUCCUGAAAGCACCUCUCCUCGCCAGCAGCGAGGAUGGGGAUAAGAACGAAGAUGAGGAUGUAUAAGGAUGAGGAUAGACGUCGCUAGGGAUGCAGACGACCACCACCCCCUCAGACGGCGGCCGUUGGUACCCCGGAGGCGGAGGAACUCCGCUAGCCCCUCAGCGAGGUCUCGCGAUAUUCCGCCCGGCAAACGGGCAGUUCUCGCGAGGUUUCCGCCUCGCUGCGGGCGGCGGCUCCAUGCGGUCGGAUCGGGAGCCGGGGCAGGGGCUGGGGCUGGUGCGGGGCGGCGGCCGCGAGAAGCGGGCCAUGGAGGUACCGCUGCGGCGGGAGUCGCCGCGCCGCGAGCCGGACACCGCGCCAAACCCGCCGCCGUCCCCGGCGCCACCGCUUCCCCCGGCGCCGGGUAAACAGCGAGAUGAGAAAAAAACGGCGCUGAGCAAAGUAGUUAUUCGACGGCUUCCUCCUUGUCUAACCAAGGAGCAGCUAGAGGAGCAGCUACACCCUCUCCCUGCCCAUGAUUAUUUUGAGUUUUGCACUGCUGAUCCCAGCCUUUAUCCUCAUCUCUACUCAAGAGCAUACAUUAACUUUAGAAAUCCUGAGGACAUCCUUCUUUUUAGAGAUCGCUUUGAUGGCUAUGUCUUCAUUGAUAAUAAAGGUUUGGAGUACCCUGCAGUUGUUGAAUUUGCUCCAUUCCAGAAGAUUUCAAAAAAGAAGUUAAAAAAGAAAGAUGCCAAAGCUGGGAGCAUUGAAGAUGACCCAGAAUAUAGGAAAUUUUUAGAAAGUUACUGUGCUGAUGAAGAGAAAAUCUGUGCCAACCCUGAGACUCUUUUGGGAGAGAUUGAGGCCAAAACAAGGGAACUCAUUGCUAGAAGAACAACACCCCUUUUGGAAUAUAUUAAAAAUAGAAAAUUAGAAAAGCAGAGAAUUCGAGAAGAGAAAAGAGAAGAACGAAGGCGGAGAGAACUGGAGAAGAAGCGUCUGCGAGAAGAAGAGAAAAGGAAACGCAGAGAAGAGGAAAGACGUAAAAGGAAAGAAGCAGAGAAACAUAAGAAAAUUUCUGAAAAAGAAAUAAGGAUCAAGCUUCUUAAGAAGCCUGAAAAAGGAGAUGAGCCAGCCAGUGAAAAGCACAAGGAAAAAGAUGAGGAAGCCGAUACUGAAGAAAACAAAUGGGAUAAGUCUCCUGGACCCGGGAGUAUGAGAUCCAAAUCAUUGGAAGGUUCACUAAAAGAUCUUAAGGAGAAGUCACAAAAUGAUAGUGACAAAGAGCAAAGAGAUUUGGAGAGAAGAUUUCGAGAAAAAGAACCUGAAAGGCAAAGAUAUCGACUGGAUGAUGGCAGAAAGCAUAGAGCUCACUAUGAGUUUGACAAGUUUGUGAGAAGGAAUGAAGAAGAGCUGAAAUGGGUGAAAGGAUACAACCAAGACAGAGGAAAGAAAGGGAACCACAACUACAGCUUCACUGUGGAGGCAGUAGACAAACUGGGUAAAGAGGACAAGUGUGAUGACAUGGCAUCCAAAAAGGAGCGCAUAAGAAAUAAGGAUCGCCCAGCCAUGCAGCUGUACCAGCCAGGGGCUCGCAUCCGAACACCUGUGGGAUCCACGAGUAAAGCCUAUGACUGCAGUGGGAAGUCUUCUGAAGAUGCUCUUGACAAAAAGUAUGAGGUGGAUAACUCAGUGGGAGGUGGUUCUGAGAAGAGUGAGGAAGAAGAAUAAAACAAACUGGAGGCAAGACUUGUGGAAAGGGAUGAACUUCAGCUUUAAUGUCACCGCAUAGAGCUGUUUCAGAAGCCCAACACCAACAAAAUUGUCAUCGCUUUCUCUUACUUCCUACGAAAGAAAGAGAAGAGCGACUGGAGAUGUAUAAAGUAUCUUACAGCAAAGGAAUAUGGUUACUUUUUUACAUAAAGCAAACACCAUUUGCCUAAUGUAAAAUCAGUCUGAUGUUUUAUUAGAUUCACCUUGAAGUACAAAAUCUCUUAACAGUUUUAAAGGAAUAUUUAUAGAAAACUUCAGAAGCGAUCUCACCUUUUCAAGUCUAAAGAAACGAAAUGUGGAUUUGUGUCAGUGUGAGGCCUGAAGCACUUCCAAUGUGUUGGAUGUAUGGCAGCCCCAGGGCCCCUUCCUGCAAAUGGCAGUGCUGCCCAGUGCUGUGUGCCCCAAGGAGCUCCACAGCCAGUGGUGUUUGCAGGACACGAGGAAUGGCGGUUGGUGUCUGUACGUACCUCGUCGUGUUUACAUUGUUUUUCAAUUAACUACACCGUCAAGUAAGUGUUAUUAAAGCUACAAGUGUGUUGUUAGAGUGUUUGUCAUUUUUGAAGCCACUUAUGCCUUUUAUGUUUUAAUAGAUUCUUGUACUUAAAGCAGAAAAAAGCUAACACAAACCUCAGCACUUAAACAAUGCAUCUGGUUUUCUUAAAUUAGCCAUUUUUUUAUGGUUUUGACACUGACUUUUAAAAAAAGUGAUUGUACAGUGAUGACUUUUUAUAUGCUGAUGCUUGAUGUAAGUUGCAGUUGCAGGAUUUGGACAAUGUAUGAUGACACGUGAAAGUUCUGAAGUUCGAUUUGUUUAAAAAAAAACGCAAGUAUCAGCUGCAAAGCACCAUUUUAUAAGAUCCAAGUCAAAUCCUGCCCUCUGAUGCAGGCACAUAUAUAUCUGUGUGUAUGUAUAUACUUAUAGUGUUUCCGUUGGUUUCAACAAGAGCCGCAUGUUUAUGGAAGGGCAAAAGUUACUCAUCUUUUACAGCUGAAAAUUUCACAGUUGUCCAAAAUUGAGACCUGCUUUGUUGAUUAAGUUGAAUAGUAAGACAUUCAUUUCUUUUUAUGUCCUCUUGGAGCAUUUUGUUAAGCAUAACAUCUAGUGGUUCUAGACUGACAAAAUAUUGAUUGUAUUUUCCAAGACAUUAAUCAUUACACGAAUAAAAGCAACAAGAUUUUCACUAUGA